AGGCGGACUCUGUGUAUAAAUGCCACUGCCGGCUGCAUCUGGACAUCCGGACGAAGAGCAAAGAUGCGUAUCAUCGAGCUGUUCUGCGUAGCUUUCCUGUGCCUCUGCCCCUUGGCAUGGGCUUCCUCCAGCCGCGAGCCGUGCCGGUCACCAUCUAAGACCAGUGGCAAGCUCUGUGUGAGUACCACCAAGGACGAUACCAUCGCAUGGGGGGAUUUCAAGUAUGAUUCCACUCAGAAGUACCUUCGCUUUGUGGAGGACACAAGCAAAUCCAACAAAACCUCUCACCUGGAUGUGAUUAUACACUUCGAUGAGGGUGUGAUGUACAAGAUGGACAGCAAGAACGAUACCUGUAAGAAACAGUCCCUGCCAUGUCACAAGCACCCGAUGGAGGUUCCGGCCGACGGCACGCACGUGGACGAGCUGUACUUGGGAAGCGAUGAUAAGUCUGAGCAAGGCCUCAGAGUGCGCAUGUGGUCUGGCAACAUGACCGAUCACGACUCGCAUCACACCCAGGGACACUACACGAUGAUGACCACUUCCUGUGGGUGCAUCACCGUCUCCUGCACGUACCACAGUGAGAAGAAUGACCUCAUCUUCAGUUUCUUCAACGUAGAGACGGAGAUCGACGACCAUCAAGCGUUCCACCUUCCUGAUUAUUGCGAAGGACUGGAAUUAGACGAGGCGUCUGAUGACCACAGCUUCUUUGACCUCUUCCACGACUGAACCACGAAAAAAAAAACAAAAAAAAACCCACCUAUGAAU